AUGAGUUCGGACCCAACGAAAGACGAAUGUUUUCCUUUGGCAUACAUUACCGAUAUGAAGAAGGUGUACAGGGAAGCAAUUGAGAUAUUAAAAAAAUCGCGUAUAAUUAGUGUUAUUCCUGUCAACAAUCCAGGGGACGUGAUGAUGAGUUUAGUGUACAUGUGCACCGAAAAAGAAGUGUUCCUUUUCGAUAUAUUAAGAUUUGGACAGAAUCAAUUACCCAAAGAAUUAUACGAUAUCAUCAUGUGUGAUAAAAUACAAAAAGUUGUCUACACCCAAACAACGACGUCCGCUGCGUUGGGGCUUGAUGACACUGUUAGUAUUCCUAAUGUGUAUGACGUUGAAAUUUAUGCUGUAACAUUGCGACAAAAAAUGAUAGAUCGAGUCAAUUAUAUUCGCGAAACUUACGGAAUCGAGUUGAUGCCAGAGAACUUUGAAUUACCUAUGUUAGAAUAUCUUCCUAUGACAACACAACCACGUUUAGCGGACGUGGAUUGGACCGUACGCCCUUUUCAAGCUAACGAACACUUCAAAAUUGCACAACACUUCUUCCAAUUCAUCUCAUUAUUUGAGCAAAUGAAACGAUCUGUAGGAGAACUCGCCGUUUAG